ACCCGCGCCUUCCUGCUGCUGCCGUGUUACCAACUACAUGCGGGACUACAGCGGGUGUUGAAACCAUGGGGAAGAAUAAAGGCAGUUGGAGAAAAUUUUUCUGUUGUGCUGUUCCAUCAGAAACUCAGUCCUCAACUUGCAUUAAUAUUACUGGGCCUGAACACUUCAAAUCUUCUUCAGAACUGUCUGAGCCAGAUCUGGAGCUAGACCAGGAUGAGGAUGAAGAUGAAUUGUAUAUUGAAGCUGAGGUACAGACAUCUAAUGUGGAAAUUCCAGAAGGAAAUAGGUGGCGGUGGUCACGACUCCAUAAAGAAGUCGAGUUGCAAACUUCCAUAAUUUCAGUACCCAUUGCAGAAGCAGAGUCAUCAUCUGAGGCUGAUGUUCAGAUCCAGACUUCAUUUUCAAGCAUACCUAGAGAAGUUGAUGCUCGUGCACAAACUUCAUUUCUCUCCCUGCGGAGCCCAACCCCAGUUGAAACCGAUGCCCAAAUCCAAACCUCAUUUGCUGAAUUACGAAGAAUUGUUGAGGCUGAAGCUCAGGUGCAAGCAUUGCUGCGUUCGUUACCAGAGGAAAAGGAAGCCCAGAUGCAAACAUCACUGUCAUCAUUACGUGGAGAAAUGGAGGCCCAGGUGCAGACUUCACAGCUGUCAUUACCUGAAGGAAAGGAGGCCCAGGUGCAAACAUCACUGCUAUCAUUACCUGAAGAAAAGGAGGCCCAGGUGCAAACAUCACUGCUAUCAUUACCAGGAAGAAUGGAGGCCCAUGUACAAACAUCACUACUGUCACUGCCUGAAGAAAAGGAGGCCCAGGUGCAAACCUCAUUUACUUCCCUACCAGAUAGGGACUCUGCAAUAUCUUUGGCAGAGUGUAUCCAGGCCCAGCCCUCUUAUCUAGAAUUGUUAGAGAAGAUUGCUUCUUUGCCAAUACUAGUUGAGGCUAAAGUGCAAACUUCACCUACUGAUUUUCUCAUUCCUUCACGGACAGAUAUGCAAGUGCAGACUUCAUUUUCAGACUACAUGUCAGAAAAGGAGGAUGUAUCCUCUGUUGAGAAUGAAUUCCAGACUAAGUUGUCAUCGUAUCAGUCAUCACUGGUGGAACUGAGCAACUUAUACCCUACAUAUGUUAAUGCUGAAGUGCAGACUUUACCUGUGCAAGUACCACCUGGGAAUGAUUGGCGCACUGCACGAUUGAAUGCUGAGGCCCAGGUUCAGACCUCAUUUACUUCAGUGAUAGAGGAACCUGAAAUCCAGGUACAGCCAUCACAGCUUGAAUUAGAAGAAGAAGAAGAGUUGGGAGCUCCUCUGCUCAUAGAAAAGAAAUCUCUCCCAUCUCAUUUGACUGAGGCUUCUGCACAAACAUCUGACACUUUGAUUCGGCAAUGGGACAAGUGGCAUUUAUUACAUCCGCAAGCUAGCGUGCAGGUCCAAACAUCAACUGCUGAAUUGCUAAAGAAGCUUUCUUUGCUGUCACAGAUUGAGACCACAGAAUCACUUUCCCGUGCUGAAUUACUAAAGAAAAUUUCUUCACUGUCAGUGGCUGAACCCCAGUUGCAAAUGUCAAGCCAUGAAUUAAUGCGGAAGGCUUCUUCUUGGUCAGAUACUGAGGCCCAAAACCUGGUCUUCAGUGAUGAGCUUUUGGAGAAGCGUCCCUUUUCAGCACAAGCGCUACCAACCUCAGAUUAUGAAUCUGCAAGACCACUUUCUUCAUCAUCAUUCAAAAAAGAAGCUCAAGUGCAAACAUCUGACAUAGAACUAAUGAAAAAACUCUCUUCCUUGUCACAGACCAAACUCCAGGAGAAGUGCUCCUCUUUGUCCUUGAUUGAGGCUGAGAAUGAAAAGCAGGAGGUAACAGAGGGAAAGGAGUACCUUGUUACACCACAAGUAAUAGAAGCUCAGAUCCGCAAAUGGUAUCAUGAGCUGCCAGAAGUUCAGACAUCAGCUUCUCAGACUCCUUUUCAAAGAGACCGUCUUUGGUCUUCAGCAGUUGACAGUGAGGUACAAACAUCAUAUGUUGAAAUACCAUUUGGAAAUAGAUGGCGGGAGUCACGUCUGCAAGCUGAAGCUGAAGUGCAGACUGCAGGACUUGAAUUGUCCAGAGAAGAAAUAGAAUCUCUUUCCCCAAAACAAUCGGAAUCUCAGAGACAAGCCUCCUUGCUUGAAGUAUGGCGAGCUAGAGACUUAGCUGAUGCCCAGAUGCCUACUUCAGUAUUAGACUCACCCAAGACAGUGGAGUCUCCUGCUCCAUUAGUAGUUGAUAGUGAGGCACAAACAUCACUGCUUGACAUCUGGAAAGUAAAAGAACAAAUGGAUGUUCAAGUGCAAACUUCUGUAAGUGAAUUGUCAAAGCAAGGAAUUAUAUCUCCUCCCACAGAACAGGUAGACAAGUUGGCUCAGACCUCCUUUCUUGAUGUAUGGAAGGCCAAAGAAUUGGUUAACAUUCAGCAGAAGAUAUCUGAAACUAAGUUAGAGGAGACAAAAGUGGAGCCUUCUCCCCAACUGAAAGCUGACUUUGAAAUGCAGACAUCUUUGACAGAUAUAUGGAGGAAAAAAGAACAAUUGGACACCCAAGCACAAACCUCCUUUGUUGAUGUAGUAGAGGGAAAGGAAGAGCCUUCUCUUGUAUCUCAGACUGGUGAUGCUGAGGUGCAAACAUCAGAUAUUGAUAUUCCAUCAGACUUGUAUGCUGACUUUCAGCAGCAGACUUCACUUGAACUAGAUGAGACACCUCCACCAUCACAAAUGGAUAUCCAGCCACAAGCCUCUCUCCUUGACCUAUGGAAAGCAAAAGAAGAGUCUCAUCUAGUGUCACAAAUGGAUGCUCAGAUGCAGACCUCAGAUACUGACAUGCCUGGGGAGGAUUCGUGGCAUCCAUCUCACUUGUAUGCUGACUUUCAGCAGCAGACUUCACUUGAACUAGAAGAGUCACCUCCACCAUCACAAAUGGAUACCCGGCCGCAAGCCUCUCUCCUUGACCUAUGGAAAGCAAAAGAAGAGUCUCAUCUAGUGUCACAAAUGGAUGCUCAGAUGCAGACCUCAGAUACUGACAUGCCUGGGGACGAUUCGUGGCAUCCAUCUCACUCAUAUGCUGAUUUUCAGCAGCAGACUUCACUUGAACUAGAAGAGGCAAAAAUUGAAGCACCACAGAUGGACACCCAAGUACAAACCUCCCUCCUUGACAUAUGGAAAGCAAAAGAACUGAAUAAUGCCCAGCUGCAAACAUCUUGGAUUGAUUUGCCAGAAUCCACAGAAAAAUCUUCUUUCCCCUCUGAAUCUGAGAUCCCAGUUCACCCAUCCCUGGUUGUAAAGGCAGAAUCUCCUCCUCCAGCCCAAGUCACUACACAGGUACAGACCUCCUCCCUUGAUAUAUGGAAGACAAAAAAUCUAACAGAUGCUGAAAUUCAAACUUCCCUGUCCUAUUUGCCACCAACUACUGAGGUACUUCCUCUCUCACCACAGACUGAAAGCUCAAAGCAACCACCUACACCUGAAAUAUUGAGGGUGAUAGAGCCAACGGAAGAUCAAAUAAAAACCACUAUGACUAAAUUUCCAGUUACCAGUGCUCAAACCUCCCCAACUGAUAUGCAGGCUCCAGAUGACCUUCCAAAUGCCCAGGUACAAUCUCCUGGGACCACUUUACCAAGUUCCCCAUCAUUCACAGAUGUGUCAUCCAUCCCAUCACGAAUGGAUGUGUCUCCUGCUCCUUUGCACACACAGGCGUCUCCUGCUCCAUCACGCACAGAAGUGCCUCCUGCUCCAUUGCACAUGGAGGUGCUUCCUGUCCCAUUGCACAUGGAGGUGCUUCCUGCUCCAUUAUACAUGGAGGUGUCUCCUGCUCCUUUACACACAGAAGUAUUUCCUGCCCCUUUGAGAACUGAAGUGUCUCCUGCUCUUUUGGGCAUUGAACAAUUGCCUGCUGUGUCGCAUAUAACUGAGUCUCCCACUCUUCCAUGCAUAGCUGAGUCUCCUGUUCCAUCACGAACUUGCAGUCCAAAGAGACCACCAACUCCUGCCUCAGGAUGUGCGAAAAUUGAGACUUUCCACCUAGAACAGAGUAGUGCUCUGGUGCAAAAAUCAUUGCUUGAAUUAUGGGCCCUGAGAGAGGAAGCAGUGCUCCAAGUGCAAAAUACCAAUCUUGGCCUGUCCUUUGAGGAAGAUUUGCGAUUGUUUCCAAGGCUAGUAGAGAGUCCAGUGAAAAUUGCAGAUGUUAAAAUACAAGAAGGGAAAAAAUUAGAUCAAAUUUCCAAAGUGGAGAUGAAGUCAAAAACUCCUGUAUUUACUGAAGCUCAGGUUCAGACCUCAUAUGUUGACAUACCACGAGGAAAGAAAUGGCGUUCGUCUCGCAUAUGUACAGAGGCACAGGUGCAAACUUCUUCACAUGAAGUCCAUGUGAAAGACAGGAUUCCAGCCAUACGUGAUCAUACAGUAGCCAAAAGGGUACCUAAAGGACCAAGGCGAGCAGCACCACUAUCUGUGCACUUACACAUAAAGAUGGCUCCAAAGCGUUGACCUAAGAAUGAAAAAAAAUAGCGAGUACUUGAAUUUAAAGAAAUAAAAGAUUACAAAAUACCACAAACAUAAGCAAUGGUUACUUCUGUAGGCAAUGUGCAAGAAUAGAUUUUUGAGGAUGCAUGUGAAAGAACAUGGAUAUGAAUCUGUGAAGCAAAACUGCCAGUAAAAAAAUGGAAAUAGAGUAACAAUCUCUAGUUCUGCCUUCCCAACCUAGUACCCUUGGAUGAAUUUGUCCAUCUUUGGAGGGGAUGAAACUCUAGUGAGUUUCUUUUUUUAACUCUGUUUUAAAAAAAACCAUGAUUGUGCUAAAAAUAUCUUCUGCAUUUUUGGAUAAUUCUCAUUCAACUGGAUGAAACUAAAUUACUUCAGAUAAAUGGAAAAGAAAUUACUGCAAAAAAUGGUAAUGUAUAAGGUAUGUAUUUAUGAGAUAAUUGGAAAGUUCUGUCUUUCAUUCUGAAGUCAUCUCCAGUUGUCUGCAGUCUUCUUGUUUUCUCCUAUCAGCUGCUAAAAAUCCAGGCUGCUUUUUCAGAUCAAGAGGGGGUGGCAGCUAAUAGGUUGUGGCAUGGUGAGGAGAUAGAUCUAUACCCACCACUGACUCCCUCCAUAAAGUGAACUCAAGUCAAGGUCAAAUGAAAUUCAGAACAGGAACAAACAAAAGCAUAUUAAGCAUGCAUAUGAUUUUAGCCUAAAAAAUAUACAUGCAUUUAUUUUAAACAAGUAUAACUCUAAAUAUGUAUAGUGCGAGAGAACUGCAAAAUGCCAUGGCUUAUUACAAUUUGCAGUUAAUACAAUUUCUUAGCUUUUAGUAUCUAAGAAAAUAAAGUCUCCUUCAAGUCAAGCUCUACUGCUAAUGACUCCAUGGCCAUGGCCAUGUACUUUCCUGGACAACAGUAUAUAGAUUGUUUGCCAAUUGUCUUCCAGGAUCAUUUUCCCAGGCUAAUUUAUAGCGCUGGAAUUUCUUGGUGGUCUCUCAUUCAAAUACUAACCAGACCCAACCCUGCUUAGCUUCCAAGCAAAGACAAAAUUGGUCGGUGGAAUCACACUAUUUGAGAAGGAGGGGAAAAAUUACAAUGGAAAUAAAUUGAACAAAUUGAAUAUAUUCUUUUAACAUGGGUACAAUUUCUUAUAGACUUUGUAUACUCUUCUCAUGGGAACUGAUGCUAUAUGCAGAAACUUAUCUUGAAUUUGAAUAUUGCGCAUGCUAUGUUAUGUGCAGAUUUCUGUUGAUGCUGUUUCCUACUAGAUAUUUUCAUUUAAUAAAAUAAUGUCUUUAAUGGGGUGGUGGAAUAACAUUGGUUCUCUAGUGAAAGUCUUAACCAUUUGAUGGCUUCUUAUGAAUCAUGAAGUGCAGCAAAACUGAAACAAUUCCUGAGUGAAAGCUCUUAGUUGUAAAUACUCUUUCCAUACUCUUGGACACUCUUAUGGGACAGUUCAGUUGCUUUGGAU